ACAUGGAAAUGCACCAGUUUAGCUAAAGUGUGCCCAUUGGUUGAACAGAAGGCAAAUCAAACAGGCGAAAGUCACAAUUGGCUAGUAGAGACGUCAAUCAUAGGAGCUUAGGCGUUUCCAACGCGACAAGAUAAGGAGCCAGAUCCGCAAUUUACUGUUGUUGCUCAAGUCAUUCCUGUUUAUAAGGUAUGAUCAGCUAGGCUAAUGUUAAGUUGUGGCUUUUUAAGUACUUGUAGAGGCCCACUUGUUAUGUUUAAGAACUGUUGUUGUAUAUAAAAGCUUCUAUGGUCAUGUUGUAUGGACACAAAGCUAAGUGACAGUAGCACCAACAUUGCUAAAUUGGGUCAACUUUGGCGCCUUGGCUACUUUCCACAACACUUCGUGAAAGAGGCUGCCUCCAUGCCUCUAAGAUAACAGUGGAGGAAAUAUAAGAGUCAAAUACACAAAAAGGAAGAGGAUGGCCCCUGAGAUUGAGGCAGUGGUACGUGCUACCCAAGCCUGGCUGCAGUCCUGGCACGUCCUUGUGCCUUUUGCCUGGCUGGAAGCAUGCGUGGAGUGGCUGCAGGAAGAGGCAGGAGGAGCAGGUCGUCUGUCACAGCAGCAAAUCAACCAACAGGCACUGGACCAGUGGCUGUUGACUGACCUGAGAGACCUGGGCUAUCCUGUUCUUCCUGAAGGGCUCUCUCAGGCCCAGAAGACUGAACUCAGCGGUACCUUCUGUGUCCAGGUUGACUCAUUUCUGGACACCAGUCAGCCUGCGUAUGGUCAGUUGCAGAAGUGGAGGGGCUCAGAUUGUGCCAACGACGAGGUGUCUGCUGUCACACAGGCCACUCAGAGGCCCUGGGAAGCCAGAACAACCCGUAUGCUAAUAUUGCAGGUGACGGAUGGAGUCCAGAGCUUGGAGGCCAUGGAGUAUCAGUCCAUCCCUGCACUCAGCACAGCUCUCAGGCCUGGUGUGAAGCUGCAGCUGCAAGGGCAGAUGGUUUGCAGACUUGGGAUGCUUCUGUUGGGUCCGUCCAACAUCAAGAUCCUGGGUGGUGAAGUAGAGGACCUGGUGGAGAGGAAUAACCAGGGCAGGGUGCUGUGUCGGACGCUCGGACUCCCUGAGGAGCAGCAGGAGAGGGCGGACGCCCCUCUAGCACCACAGCAAGGUAACCUGGAAGUGGAGGAGCUGGAUGAUGCAGAGCUGUUGGCCAGUCUGGAGGCCCAGGUGGUGGUGGAAAGGGUUCCAGAUUGGCCUGUUGGAGACAGUGGCUACGGGACGCUCAGUGAGACCUCCACUCAGUCCUUUAGAAGCUCUUCUGUCAGGAGCCUUGUCUCGACCGCCUCAUCCAGAAGUGAAGCCUCUGCCCGCUCUUAUAGAAGUGGUUUGACCCAGAGCAACAGAGGUGGUUCAGUCCAAAGUCAUCGCCAUGGUAACAAACAAGAGGAUUCUGACCUCUUUGACUCCGCGAUUCAACAAGAGAUCCCAGAGCACAACAUGGCAGACGAAGACUUUCCUGAUGAAGACUUUGACGAUCUUCCCCUGGAUGAGUUGGACAGUGUGAUUUUUCAAGAAAGUACAAAUGAUGACAGCAGUCACAGAAGCACGCCACAGAACAACAACAGAAUAACAGGACAUCCUAAUACAGCAACAAAAGCCCCAACUGCUCAGUUUGAGCAGCACACUUUGAAUGACUGUGGGUCACAGCUUGGUUCAAGCAACUCCAGAUCCACCACAAGGAAAAGAGACUAUCAAGGCUGUACCAUUGGCGCUACAGGGCAGUUAUCUUCCCCAGCAGCAGCUUUAGAGCCAUCCAAUGAUUUAGAAUGCAUUACUAAUGAUGAGACAGAUUUCAUGGAUGAAGAUAUGGACUGCUUUUUCGUGGAGGUAGAAACCGCAAGGACUGGAGGGCCAAAUCAGCUCCCUGUCCAUCAGGGACCUAGUAGAGACAGAGAGAGAGCUACCAACAAAACAGAACUUUCAUGCACCAGUUCUAGACUUACCAGCGACUCAUCGAGAAGUGUAACAGAUACUGCAUUUGAGAGAUCACGCAACACACCUCAGGGGCUAAAUUACAUCUCAAGCACUGCAGUAUUUGAUAGACCAUCUGUUAAAACAGAUCCACAGAGUGACAGCUUGGUCCCUGCUCUCGCUCGAACCUCUCCACCUUUUACAUAUUUAUGCCUGCUAGAAGAGAUGAUGUCCAAACCACAGCCUCACACCAUAGAGAUCCGCGUCAAAGCUUUCAUUGUGACUCUCUUGGGGAAACUGAGCAGCAGCAACGGUCUUUGGCGCGUCUGCGCUACAAUAUCCGAUGGAAGUGGUUACCUGGACGUGGAGCUGUCCAAUGAGGUUUUGACAGGCCUGCUGGGCUUCUCGGUGGUGGAGAAGGGGGCCCUGAAGCGUGACCCAGCCAGGAGAGGUGAGCUAGACAUUGGGAUGAGGAGGUGUCAGGAGGAGCUGGUGGAUAUGUGCUGUGUUAUGACCGUCGUGGUUGAACCAGACGGCAGAAAAGCUGUGGUGACCAAGGCGGACCCCGUCAAUGAGAAAAUAGUCCAGGAGCUGGAGCAAAGGGUGCGAGAUGGGAGAAAAUAGACACAGAGGAGAGGUGGGAGAUAAUGAGAAAAACUACAGGCAGCGGAGAAGUAUAUUGCCCUCAUACAGUGAUGAAAAAUUGCAAAUAUAAGCAUCGCCUUAAAAAUCUCCCUCAUGUAAUGAAACUAAUGAUUUUCUUUUAGGAUUGGUGAUAAACCUGCCCUUCUGCUUCAGAUUUGGAAAGCAUAAUGUGUGAACUGGAUGUCUGAUGAUCAGCAAGCAGUGUGUUGCAAUGCAUCCCAUCUGCUAUAUGUGAAUGUGACAUUCUGCCAUUUGUCGUUAGAGGAUUUCAUUCAUUUAUUCAGAGAUAUUUUCUGUUUGAAAUGCACUGCAUCUCUCCCAACCAAAGUAAACAGAUCUAUACUAUCUGCACUGUAUAUUAAUGAUAGGAUAUCAGCAUGUUAGUUUAAACAAUCCAGACUUCACAAUUAUGUGAAGAGAAGAGUGAAGCAUGUGAGAUGAGAGAAGAGAAUCGGGGAGAAAAUAGUUCAUAGUCUGAUUGUUGUAAUGAAUUGCCAGCCUUUGAAUUUAUUCAAAUCCAUUUCAAAUGAUUGAAUAUCCAAGGGCAGCAUGGGUAUUUAAUAAACUCCCCCAGAGGAGAAUGAGAGGAAAGGGAGAUAAAGGAGAGUCCAUGAGCUUUGAUUAUUUCUUUUCAUUAUAGAGCCUCAUCUAUGUUUUUGUCUUUGAUAAAUAUAUACUGUAUAUAUCACAAAUGUGAAGCUUUGCCACAGUGUUUACUGUAUACUGAAAUAGAAUUGUUCUUAAGGUUUUAUAAUUGUCUUUCACACUCUUUGACUAAUAAAACAUGACUGAAAUGAC